AUGUCUCCGCUGUCGAGCUUCUCCGCGCUGGGUCGCGCAAUGAAGGGGCGCGCGGGAGAGGAGUUCAACGUCUCUUCAGCUGCCACCAGUUUUCCCAACAAUGCAACUGGCGCGCUCGCGGAAAACACGGCUGACGUGUCCGACGCCACUGACAACCGUUUUCCCUCCGCGCCUCGCCUCCCUCGCGGCGUUUCCAAGGAGACUCUCGUGUCGCUCAUCCGCACGGCGGAGGAAGUCGGCGCGCUGCGCGCGACAGAAUCGAAGGACGCCGCGGCUCUGCUGCUCGCAGCCUUGGAAGACAUCUCCGUGCCGUCCGUCCACCGAGCCAGCAGCCUCGGGAAAAUCUCUUGCGGCUCCGGCUCGGGAGCUGCCGCCGCCGCUGCGGCAUCUGCAGCAGCGGCCGCCGCGGCAGCCGCCGCCGCCGCCACCGCUGUUACGGGGCGUUCGAAAAGACCGAUUUUGGGAAGUGGCAAGGUGGCGUGCUUUCCCGGCGCCGGCAGCUGCGUCGUUCCGCGAUCUCUCUCCGCCGACCUCCUCACCACUCGUUCCCUCGAACUAAGUCACUCACUUGAGCUCCGUCAGUUUGUGGAAGAACAGCGCGGUAUCGUGGGGAAUGGGCUGUUGAUUCUCGACCGUUCGAUGGAGAUGCAGCACAUGGCGGAGAUGGACCCGGUCUCCAUGGAGCAGGAGUAUUCCCCGAAGCAUGGCGGCUUUGACGGGUUAGUCGAGUUCGAUAGCCAGAGUGCUAUGACUAGUACUGUAGGUGUCAGCAACGACAUUAGAACGGCCACUACUAGCGCCUUGGCGUCGCCGGGGUCGCACGGCGUGCUUUGCGAUAAGGGGGGGGCUGUCGCAGCGAGCAGCAGCACGUGCGGGGGCGUCGCGCCGUGCGACACCAGCACGCCUCGCAACCUCGCCAGCACGUCACGGUGUCUUCACACAGUCCGUCGCAAUCACUGCGCCUUACACGCUUGCGCGGGUCUCGCGAACGACGCCACCACUAGCAAUAACAGCGAGGCGCUCCCACGUGGUGAGGAUAGUAGUAGCGUUGGCGGUGACGCCGCAGCGUUCUCUGCGGCGGCGGUGGACGCGCCAUGUACAGUCGCGGAUGUUGACGAGUCGCCCCGAGUCACUGCCGCCCCGACGCCGCCUGCUUUAAUGGCGGCGAGCCCAGCGCCUCGCAUAGAAGAGCCGGCAGCCCGGGCAACCCACGACACCCCGACCCGGAAGGUUGCGAGUAGCACUAGUGGACGUGCAGUGGGAGCAGCAGCUGAGUGUAGUAGCGCUGAUUCUUGGAGACCUAGCAGUCCUCGUAGAGCAAUUCUGGAUGUGCUGCGCGGGGGCCCACUGCACGGCGAACGGGGAGCUCUAAAACGGGGAUGGUCUCGCAUCGUUAGCUUCGUGCGGAGAGAAAACCGGCAGGCCCGGGAGCAGAAGGAGUCCGAGUCGCGGAAGAGACAGGAGAAAAGCUCAGCCGCCGCGAAGGGCGGCGGGAAGGCUACUACUAUCGCAAGCAUUAAAACAGGCGGAGAGGCUCUUGCGAGCGAGAGUAGCGCCAAUUCGCGGUUGACGUUCGGCGAUUGGGCGUCAGGCGGAGGCGCGGCCAGCAGCAGCCCUGGCGAUCCGAAGGCGCGGCUGGCGCAGGCUUCGCGGAAGGCGGAGAGCGGCGCGGGUUGCAACGGGGCGUUGCGGAAGGGCGGGGGAGCGGCGGUAUGCGCGGCAUUUGUCCCCACGAUGAUGUGCGUGAUUGAAGGGACGAGGGGUGGGGAGCGUGGGGCGCGGGAUUGGGAGUCAGGUGAGGAGGGGGAUGGAGCGGUUGAGUCAGGUACAGGGGGCGGUAAUGAUGACACAGAGGCUUCUCUCAGCUUCCAUGUGCGCGGGGACGGGGGCGGGGAUGAGCAGGCGGAAGGGGCUGACGAAGGUCAGGCGGAGGUGGUAAGCCGCGGGGCGGAGGUGGUUAGCCGCGGCGCGGAGGGGGAGGAGUUGGGCGGGCCAGGGUGGACGCACCUAGCGAGAGCUGCUCUGGAGCCGUGGGAGCACGCCAUGGCAGCGCAGUUAGCGCGGCUAGCUAGUCGGAAGCGGGUGACGUUGGAAGAGAAGGAGCAGCACCAGUGGGUGGUCGACGAGGCGACGCUUUCGUCAGUCAUCGCUAAUGGCGAAGAUGUCGGGCCUAUUAUUCGGCCGGCGUUUGAAAUGGGAAAGCCCGAAGCGCUUCUUCACCAGCUUCGCACGUUCGUGAAGAAGAAGGAGGUGGAGAUCGAGGAGCUCUGCAAGCAGCACUACGAGGAGUUCAUCCACGCCGUCGACGAGCUCAGAUACGUCUUAGUUGACGCGGACGAGUUAAAGCAUGGGCUGGCGAUGCAGAACACGGAGAUGCAGGAGGUGGGGAGCGGGCUGCUGCACAAGCUGGACGAGCUCAUUCAGCACAACGCCAUCAAGACCAACCUCGCCUCCGCCCUGCAGCUGCUCAAGAAGUGCAAGACCGUUGUUGACCUCUGUGCUAAGGUGAACGAGGCGAUAGCAGCGGACAGCUACUACCAGGCUUUAAAGACGCUUGAUGCCAUUGAGCGCGACCACCUGCGCACCAUCCCCUCCUCCGCUCUGCGCGCAUGGGUGGAGAGAGGUAUUCCGCGGUGCAGAGCGCACAUCGAGCGCAAGGUGAACCAGGAGUUCAACGAGUGGAUGGUGCAGAUCCGGGAAACGAGUCAGGAGAUCGGCCGGCAGGCGAUAGGGCAGGCGUUCAGUGCAAGGCAGCGAGAGGUGGAGCUGGGGGACAGGCAGAGGCAGGCGGAGGAGCAGACGCGGUCAGGGGCGAGGGCAGUGGCGUACAUGCUGGAGGUGGAGGACGCGGAGGAGGACGCGUCGAUGCUCAAGUUCAACCUCACGCCCAUCUACCGCGCGCACUACAUCAACACGUGCCUGGGCAUCCAGGACCAGUUCAGGGACUACUACUAUGACAACCGCAAGCUGCAGCUUAAUACUGACCUGCAGUCCACUCCAGGGCAGUCGUUCAACGACUACUGCUCGCAGGUGGCGGGGUUCUUCAUAGUGGAGGACCGCAUCAUGCGCACCGCUGGCGGGGUCAUCAAGCCUGCUCAGGUGGACGUGCUGUGGGAGACGGCCAUAGCGCGCAUGCGCAGUGUGAUGGAGGAGCAGUUCGCGUCCAUGUCCUCUGCCGACCACAUGCUCAUGGUCAAGGAGGAUGUUUCCCUCUUCGCCGCCGCCCUUCGCCGAUACGGCUUCCAGGUGUCUCCGCUACUGGACGUGCUGGCGUCCAUGAGGGACAAGUACCACGAGCUGCUGCUGGAGGAGGCGCGGCGGCAGGUGAACGACUCGAUUGCCAACGACAAGCUGGAGCAGAUGGUGAUGCGCAAGGAGUAUGAGUACAGCAUGAACGUGCUGGCGUUUCACAUACAGCAAACGGACAUCAUGCCAGCGUUCCCCUGGAUCGCUACCUUCUCAGCGUCAGUCCCGGAGAUCUGCCGCAUCGUGCGCAUCUUCAUCGACAGCUCCGUCUCCUUCCUCAAGCACACGGGCCACAUGGACCAGUACGACCUCGUGCGGCGCUACCUGGAUCGUCUCCUCACCACUGUGGUGAAUGAAGCAUUGCUGCGGCUCAUUGGCAACCCAACGUUACAAGUGUCCCAUGCAAUGCAGGUAGCGGCGAACAUGACAGUGAUGGAGCGGGCAUGUGCAUUCUUCGCAGAGCAUGCAGCCAAGUCGUGCGGCAUUCCAUCCCGCCUCGUGGAUGGUGCACACGGCACGCUGGCAGCCAGAAACACCCUCAGGCAGUCACAGGCGGGGGCGUACGAUGCCAUGCUGCGCAUCAUGAAUGAGAAGAUCGAUGAGAUGAUGGCGCCUGCAGAGCAGAUUCCCUGGAAUCCCAUGGAACCACCUGGGCUGGUGAACGAGUAUCUCACGGACCUCUGCAUCUACCUGGAGACCAUGAUGGAGACGGCCAGGCAGCUUCUUCCCCUCGAUGCCUUCCAGCGGGUGAGCGGAGGCAUGAUGCGCCACAUCAGCAACGUGCUCGUCAGCCUGCUGUGCGGCUCCGCCGUGCCGCGCUUCAACCUGUACGCCAUCCAGGGAGUGGACAACGACCUGCGUGUGAUAGAGGGCUUUGCUGACCAGGAGGACGAAAAGAGCGGCGUCAUGAAGGACAACGGUGAGGCUGUUCCUCUCAAGUCGCACCUUGCGGAGGCACGACAGCUUAUUAACCUCAUUCUCAGUAACAACCCUGAGCAUUACGCGACCAAGUCGCACCGGGAGAAGAAUUACGGGGCGCUGGCGCCGACUAAAGUGCUCAUCGUUUGCGAUAAGUAUCGGGAUGUCGGGGAGGCUGCGGUUGGUUUGUUUGGUACUCGCAAUUCCAAGCAGGUGAACAAGAAAAAGGGUCUAGAUGCUCUGGCACGGAGGCUACGGGAGGAUAUUGCCAAUUCAGCUUGA